UCUUCCUGCUCGAUCAAAAUGCUUGUGCGAUUGGAUUUCCGUUCUCUCUUCUUCCCCAAAACCCCCGUCCAUUUACUCCGCUUCUUUUGCUCUUCACAACUCCAGCCAAUGCCGCCGGAACUUCCGCAAUUUGAACCCUCAAACGACGCCGACUUAAUUUCUCAGUUACUCAUCCAACACCACAACCCAUUUCACGCCAUGGAAUCUUCUCUUCAGCUCCAUGGCAUUUCCUUCACCCCUUUCCUUGUCCAUCAGACUCUCAUCCGACUCAAAAACUCUUCUAAAGUUGCCCUUUCCUUCUUUCACUAUUCCCAAACCCAACCCAAUUCCGACUCCUCCACCCCCACUGCUUUCAAUCUCCUCAUCGACAUUUUAUGCAAAGUCCGACAGUUCGAUGUUGCAUGGCAGCUUAUUAUUCAAAUGGACCAGAAAUCUGUAAAAACUAAUUUCACUACUUUCUAUGUGUUGAUCCGUAGGCUUAUCUCUGCUGGCUUUACCCGCCAAGCUAUUCGGACUUUCAGUGAAAUGCACGUAUUUCUUGAUCAAUACGGUGAAGAUGAAGUAUGGAAAUUGUAUUUUAGUUAUCUUCUUGAUACUCUUUGUAAAUAUGGAUAUGUUAAAGUGGCUACUGAAGUUUUUAAUAAAGAAAAAUGGAGAUUGGAGCUCAACUGUAAGGUUUAUACUAUUCUGAUUUAUGGUUGGUGUAAAGUGAAGAAUAUAGAGAUGGCUAGGAGGUUUCUUGGGGAGAUGUUGGAUAAGGGUAUUGAUCCGAAUGUGGUAAGUUACAAUGUGUUAUUGAAUGGAAUUUGCAGGAGAGCGAGUUUGCAUCCGGAUGGUAGGUUUGACACGGUAAUUAGGGAGGCAGAGAAGGUGUUUGAAGAAAUGACUGAAAGAGGUGUGGAACCAGAUGUGACCAGCUAUUCCAUACUCCUACAUGUCUAUAGCCGGGCUCAUAAGCCUGAGUUAUCACUUGAGAAAUUAAGGAUUAUGAGACACAAAGGGAUAUGCCUGAAUAUUGUGACAUAUACCUCAGUUAUCAAGUGUCUCUGCACUUGUGGUAGGAUUGAAGAUGCGGAGCUGUUACUCGAGCAAAUGGUUUCUAAUGGGGUGACUCCCACAUCCACAACUUACAAUUGUUUCUUUAAAGAGUUCAAAGGGAGGAAGGACGCCGAUGGUGCGUUGAGGUUGUAUGGGAAAAUGAAGGAGGGUUCCCUAUGCUCACCUAGCGUGAGUACAUUCAACAUAUUGUUGGGGAUGUUAUUGAAACUAGGUCGAAUGGGGCUGGCAAGAGAUAUUUGGGACGAUAUGAAGGAUUCUGGAGCAGGACCUGAUUUGGAUUCAUAUACAUUGUUGAUUCAUGGAUUUUGUGAGAAACAAAAAUGGAAAACAGCCUGUGAAUUCUUUAUGGAAAUGAUAGAAAAGGGAUUGCUGCCACAGAAGGUCACCUUCGAGACACUUUAUAGAGGCUUAAUACAAUCCAAUAUGCUGAGGACUUGGAGAAGGUUAAAAAAAAGGCUUGAUGAGGAAUCAAUAACUUUUGGUUCAGAAUUUGAAAAUUAUCAUCUCAAGCCUUAUAGAAGGUAAUCUGAUGAAAUUCUGAAAGGGGUACAAGGCUGAACAAUCUGACUUCAAGCUAAAUAGCUAACUGAUAUUUCCUGAUUAAUGGAGAGCUAUUUAUAAUUGAUGAUGCAACGACAUCAAGGACAUAAGUAAGAUUCUUAGGCUUUCGUUCAGGCUGUAAGGGGUGACGCCAGACACAUUAAAUGAGACACUCUUCAUCUCAAAGCCCCCCUAUGUACCAGCAACCACAUGCACUUCCUCCUUACCACCAAUCUCAAGGAGGAGCAUUCUCCCAACCAAGUAAUGCUACGAGUCGGAUUGAAAGUUGUUCAAGCAAAUGAUGGACAAAAGUACCCAAACGGAUGCUCAAAUGGCUUCUCUCACGACUUCCAUCAGCAAUCUUGAAGUGCAAAUGGGCCAAAUUUCUCAAGUCCUCAACUUUAGACAAAAGGGUGCUCUACCAAGUAAUCCGGUGGCUAUAAUCCUAAAGGUACAGAGGAGAGAAAAUGGGAAACUUUGGGGGUUAUGUCAACAAAAUAUAAAGAAAAUCACUACUCAUCUUCGGGUGUGGAGAGGAUGAGUAAGAAGGCAAUGGAAUGUUGCUACAUGUUAAGUGUAUUGUUUUUUAAAUCCUUUUUGUAGUGCAUAAAAUGUUGGGUGUUUUUCCCCCUUAUCUUUGGUUGCCUUUGUUUUAAAAUGUAUACAUCCAAUUUAUCAUUUUCUCCUUACUAUGUGCUGGUCAAAUUUUUCUU